CACCGCCAUGGUAGAUGCCAUCCCAGUUCCGUUUGCCGGUGUUCCUACCGAGACGGCGACGAAUACCAGGACUGAGGCGGAGGACCUCCCUAGCACUUCUUCUUCCUCCAGUGAGGAUUCUGAUGACACCAAAUCUGAGGACGAAUUGGCCUCCAUGGCGGCCGGACGUCCCAACGAUGUUCCUCGCCAUACUCUUGACCUAAAAUUGAUUAGGGAGAGGAGGCAAAAAUUGACUUCUCACAAUAGGGCCGAAAUUCCGGCCCUUAUCCCUGAUCCGGUGGAUUUCCGUUUGCAAGCCGGGCUUCACCCAAUGCGUCAUAGGCCCGGAAUGACCACAGUCCACUUUGACUCGAUUAGGGCUGGACUUAGAUUUCCGCUACACCACUUUUUCAUUUCUUUCUUCAAUUUCUACGAAGUUGUACCGGCCCAGAUUAUGCCGAACUCCUAUCUGGCAAUGGCGGGGUUCAUUUGUCGUUGCAAAGAUGCCGGUGCCCGACCAACACUAGAUCUCUUCCAUCAAUUCUUCAAAGUAGCCCCCCAACAAACCCACGGUUAUCUGGCCACCAGUGCCCGAACGGGACACAUCCUGUUUAAAGGAAAUCCAACUUCAAUUAAAGGGUGGAAAGACCGUUUUUUCUUCGUGUCUGUCCCGGACGGCCUAAUUCCCCGCAUAUGGAAUGCCUUCCCUCGCAAGACUCCUGAUCCUAUCCUUACUGAAGAAAUUUACAAGGACGUACUUGCCGUGGAGAAGGAUAAAUGCAUGGACAUCAUAAGUUAUCUGACUCCUGAACGACUUAUUACAGCCGGGAUAGGUACUGCCCGUUCUCUUGAGUUUACUUGUUUUGAGAAACCAAGUGCCAUGGUCCGGGCGGUCCUUCCCGUGCGAGAAACGUUCUUUUGUUCUUUUUUCUAGUUUCUCACACGCUAAGGUCGCUCGAUACUAACAUUGUCCUUUUGUCUUUUUUCAGCACCAAACCCAGAUCUACCUAUGGACAACAGCAGAGUUAUGGCAGCUGGUGGGGUCGGUAAGCGAAAAAAGGCCAGGAAGAACCCCCAACCUACUCCCUCUACUGUUCCUGCCCAGGAUGCUGGGUCUUCUCAACCGCUUCCAGAGCCACAGCCGAUACAGCAGGUCCAUCAAGAUCAAUUCGAUGCCAUGCUGGUCGAUGAUCGGUUUGGCUCUGAUCAACUGUAGCAAUUUUCCGAGCAUUUUCAAGCUGCUCCGGAAGCCGGCCAGGGUACGGGUGAAACACCCACCGUUCAGUUAUCUGGCCAGGUUGACCGGAUUUCCCUGGCGGAUCCGGUUCAUGAUGUUGUGGAAAGAGGUGACUGUUCGGCAAGUCAGAUCUGGUCUACCUCCGCCUUCUUCAACAAUUUCACCGUCCCUAAGUUAUCGAUCGAGCAGUCCGAGGAAUGCCUUGCCUUGGCAGCUCUGAAGGUUGGGCUUUAUAGCCUGCAGCUGAAGGAAGCUCGGUUGGCCAAGGAGCGGGAGCUGAUCGUUGCUCAGAGUUCCGCGGAGCAGAAUGCAGCAGCUGCUUUUGCUGCCCUGGAGGCCGAGCGGAAGCCCAUACUGAGGAGAAGAAACGUCUUGAAUCGGAGCUUGGCGAGCUUCGGGUUCAACUCGGAGUUUCUCAGUCCAAGGUCCAUGCUGCAGAAGCUGCCUUGGUUAAAUUCGAAGAGCAUGCCCCUCGCAUCCCGGACGGCCUUGCUGAAAUACAGGUUGACCUGUCCGCCGUUCGGGAGUCAUUUAAAGGGUCUGAAGAGUUUGCUAUUUUGAAGAAAGAUUUCGCACAGCAGCAACUCCCAGUCACCUUUGGUGAUUAUCUUGAUCAUUUUUCCACGGGUGACGCCCGUCGGAGCGAGGGGGUCAAAUUGCUCGAUCAGGACCCCAGGGGGAAAAAAUUUAAUGAUUCCCUGGCUCGAUCUCUGUACGUCAUGGGCUGUCAGCACAUCAUGACUCCCUUUAUCGCCAAAUUCCAAAAAUUGCUAGGGAGGCCGGUCGAGCUUACUGAUCUCCCUCAGGCGCCCAUAGUCGAAGCUCAAUAUGAGAAAUAUCAAAGAAACUUACAACGGGCUGCUGAUCGGGAGGCGGGAAAGGAGCCUGAUCCCCUUACUGAUUCGGAUGAGGAGGGUGAUGAAGAAGACAAUGGGGCAGGGCAAUAGAGUAGUAUCUUAGUAACUGUAACCCCUUUUUGUUCUUUCUUUACAAAAAACCUUAACUGUAUUUCCCGGUCAGUAGAGCCGAUGAAUAUAUAUCUCUUUUCUGUCUUUAAUGCAUGAUUUACUCGCCAUUCGGAAUUCGACCUGUUUCGUAGGACUUAACCAAUUUCCAAACUUAUUUCUUGCUCAAAUAAUCCUAACGCCGUUGAUCGCCGUUCGGGCAUUAGAAAGUUCUGAUAAUUUACUUAAGGAAAAAACCCCUUCCCCCUGGUACUCAGCCGUUUGGGCUUCAUACCGAAUUUUAGGACUUGGCACAUUCUUGCUUUAGAUAAUCUCUUACCCCAAACCCCAAACCCAAACCCCAAACCCAAACUCGAAACCUGAAACCCCAAACCUUAAAUCCGAAACCCCAAACCCGAAACCUGAAACCCCAAACCCCAAAAACCAGAAACCCGAAACGCGAAACCGUAACCCGAAACCCGCAACCCGCAAACCACAAACCCCAAACCCGAAACCGAAACAAGAAACCUGAAACCAGAAUCCUGAAACCCAAAACCCGAAGCCCCAAACCCCAAACCCGAAAUCCGAAACCCCAAACCUCAAACCCUAAACCCGAAACCCCAAACCCGCCGGAAACCCGAAACCCGAAACCCCAACCCGAAACCCGAAACCCCAAACCCAAAACUCGAAACCGAAAACCCCAAACCCCAAACCUAAACCCGAAACUCGAAACCUGAAACCCCAAACCCGAAACCCGAAACCCCAAAUCCCAAACCCGAAACCGAAACCCGAAACCUGAAACCCGAAACCCCAAACCUGAAACCCCAAACCUGAAAUCCGAAACCCGAAACCCGAAACCCAAAACUUUAAACCCCAAACACGAAACCCUAAACCCGAAACCUGCAACCUGAAACCUCAAACCUAAACCCCAAACCCCGAACCCCAAACCCAAAACCGAAACCCGAAACCCGAAACCCGAAAUCCCAAACCUGAAACCCCAAACCUUAAAUCCGAAACCCGAAACCCAAAACUCUAAACCCCAAACGCGAAACCCCAAACCCGAAAACCGCAACCCGAAACCUCAAACCUAAACCCCAAACCCCGAACCCCAAACCCAAAAACCCGAAACCCGAAACUCGAAAAAAGAAACUCAAAACCCGAAACCGGAAACCCGAAACCCGAACCUUGAAAACCGAAACCCUAACCCGAAACCCGAAACUCGAAACCCGAAACCCCAAACCCCAAACCCCAAACCCCAAACCUGAAAUCUGAAACCCCAAACCCCAAACCCCAAACCCGAAACCCUUAACUCCAAAACCCCAAACCCCAAACCCCAAACCCAACCCGAAACCCGAAAUCUGAAACCCCAAAUCCCAAACCCGAAACCCGAAACCCGAAACCCAAAACCCGAAUCCCCAAACCCCAAACCCGAAACCCGAAACCCCAAAUCCCAAACCCGAAACCCGAAACCAAAACCCAAAACCCGAAACCCCAAACCCGAAACCCCAAACCCAACCCCGAAACCCAAAACCCAAAACUCCAAACCCCAAACGCGAAACCCAAAACCCUAAACCCGAAACCCCAAACCCGCCUGAAACCCCUAACCCGAAACCCCAAACCCCAACCCGAAACCCCAAACCCAAAACUCGAAACCCGAAACCCAAACCCCAAACCCCAAACCUAAACCCGAAACUCAAAACCUGAAACCCGAAACCCAAAACCCGAAAUCCGAAACCCCGAAACCCAAAAUCCCAAACCCGAAACACGAAACCUGAAACCGAUACCCGAAACCCGAAACCCGAAACCCCAAACCUGAAACCCCAAACCUGAAAUCCGAAAUCCGAAACCCAAAACUCUAAAUCCCAAACCCGAAACCCUAAACCUGAAACCCACAAAUCGAAACCUCAAACCUCAAACCCGAAACCCCAAACCCCGAACCCCAAACCCCAAACCCCAAACCCAAUGCCCAAACCAUAAAGCCGGAAACCAACCCGAAACCCCAAACCCGAAACCCCAAACCCCAAAAAAUCCCAAACCCGAAACCUGAAACCCCAAACCUUAAACCCGAAAUCCAAAACCCGAAACUCGAAACUCGAAACUCGCACUCAAAACUCCAAACCCCAAACUGAAACCCAAAACCCGAAACCCAAAACUCCAAACCCAAAACCCAAAACUCCAAACCCCAAACGCGAAACCCCAAACUCCAAACCCCAAACGCGAAACCCCGAACCCCAAACCCGAAACCCGCAACCCGAAACCUCAAACCUAAACCCGAAACCCCAAACCCCGAACCCCAAACCCCAAACCCGAAACCCGAAACUCCAAACCCAAAACCCGAAACCAGAAAUCCGAAUCCCGAACCCCGAAACCUGAAACCCGAAAACCGAAAACCGAAACCCUAACCCGAAACCCGAAACUCGAAACCCGAAACCACAAACCCCAAACCCGAAAUCUUAAACCCCAAACCCCAAACCCCAACCCGAAACCCUUAACCCCAAACCCUAAAACCCCAAAACCCAACCUUAAACCCGAAACCCGAAACCCCAAAUCCCAAACCCGAAACCCGAAACCCGAAACCCGAAACCUAAAACCCCAAACCCCAAACCCCAAACGCGAAACCCGAAACCCCAAAUCCCAAACCCGAAACCAGAAAUCCGAACCCCGAAACCCGAACCCCGAACCCCGAACACCAAACCCCAAACAUGACACCCGAAACCCGAAACACGAAACCCAAACCAUAAACCUGAAACCCGAAACCCGAAACCCCAAACCCAAAACCCUAAACCCGAAACCCGAAACCCAUAACCUGAAACCAGCAAACCAAAACCCGAACCCCGAAACCCGGAACCGGAAACCCCAAACCCCAAACCCGAAACCCCCAAACCCCCAAACACGAAACCCGAAACCCCAAACCCCAAACCCGAAACCCGAAACCCCAAACCCCAAUACCAAAACCCGAAACCCGAAACCCCAAACCCCAAACUCCAAACCCAAAACCCGAAACCUGAAAAUCGAAACCCGAAACUCAAAACCCGCACCCCGCAAACUCGAAACCUGAAACCCGAAACCCCAAACCCCCCUGAAACCCGAAACCCAAAACCCAAAACCCGAAACCCGAAACCCGAAACCCCAAACCCCAAACCCCAAACCCGAAACCCGAAACCAGAAACCCCAAACCUUAAACCCCAAACCCAAAAUCCGAAACCCUAAUCCCCAAACCCCAUAACCCAAACCCGAAACCCCAAACUCGAAACCCCAAACAUCAAACCCCAAACCCAAUACCCGAAACUCCAAACUCCAAACCCAAAACCCCAAACCCGAAACCCCAAACCUAAAAUCCGAAACCCGAAACCCAAAACUCUAAAUCCCAAACGCGAAACCACAAACCCGAAACCCGCAACUCGAAACCUCAAACCCCAAACCCGAAACCCCAAACCCCAAACCCGAAACCCAAUGCCCAAACCCCAAUCCCGGAAACCAACCCGAAACCCCAAACCCGAAACCCCAAACACCAAAAAAUCCCAAACCCGGACACUGAAACCCCAAACCUUAAACCCGAAAUCCGAAACCCGAAACUUGAAACUCAAAACCCGCACCCAAAACCCCAAACCCCAAACUGAAACCCAAAACCCAAAACUCAAAACUUAAAACCCAAAACUCCAAACCCCAAACGUGAAACCCCAAACUCCAAACCCCAAACGCGAAACCCCAAACUCGAAACCCGCAACCCGAAACCUCAAACCUAAACCCGAAACCCCAAACUCCGAACCCCAAACCCCGAAGCUGAAACCCGAAACUCGAAAACCGAAACUCAAAACCUGAAACCUGAAACCCGAAACCCGAAAACCGAAAAACGAAACCCCAACCCGAAACCCGAAACUCGAAACCCGAAACCCGAAACUCGAAACCCGAAACCACAAACCCCAAACCCGAAAUCUGAAACCCCAAACCCCAAACCCCAGACCCUUAACCCCAAACCCCAAACCCCAAACCCAACCUUAAACCCGAAAACCGAAAUCCCAAAUCCCAAACUCGAAACCCGAAAUCUAAAACCCUAAACCCGAACCCCGAAACCCCAAAUCCCAAACCUGAAACCCGAAAUCCGAACCCCGAACCUCGAAACCUGAAACCCGAACCCCGAACUUGAAACCCGGAACCCGAAACACGAAACCCAAACCCUUAACCUGAAACGCCAAACCCGAAACCCCAAACCCAAAACCCCAAACCCGAAUCCCGAAACCCAUAACCCGAAACCAGCAAACCGAAACUCGAACCCCGGAACCCGAAACCCCAAACCCCA